CGUUAUCAAUGUCCAUAUUGUUCAAAACGAUUUUCACGUCCAAGUUCUCUUAGAAUUCAUACUUAUUCACAUACUGGUGAAAAACCUUUUGUUUGUACUGAACCUGGUUGUGGACGAAAAUUCUCCGUACAAAGCAAUAUGCGCCGUCAUCUUAGAGUUCAU